ACGGUAUAAAUCGACUCGUCCAUCGUCCUCAACUCCCCAGCAAGUCCAAAAUCGAAGGCGUUUUCUUGGCUUCGUCCGUCGCUCUCUCGAGCAUCUCUCGAGAGCUCAGUUCCAAUCGAUUGCUCCCGAAUCCGACGAAUUCGGCCAAAUGGGCAUCAUAAGGAGCAGCUUCUCGUUCCUCCUGGGGGCCGUGACCGGCGUCUACGUUGCCCAGAACUACAACGUCCCCAACAUCAAGAACCUGGCCAACACCUACCUCGUCAAGGCCAAGCAAGUCGAGGAGACCUAUCGCAAGCCCGGCGACAAGAGGGAGGACGGGGAGUUUCAACAUCUGCAACGAAAUGGACACACUGGCAAUAUUUAUGGUGAAUCUACUGUCUUUGGCUAAAGGUAGAAGGAGUGGCCUAGUACACAUUAAUUGCAUCAAUUGCAGGAUCGAUGAGGUUAGCUCAAUGGAGGAAGGAUAAUGCCAUAGUCUCCCUUAAAGCCUUUUGCUGUAGGCAUAUACUCUUUACGGGGUCCUACUUCGCUUGCCUUCUUUCAGCUUUCAUGGUAAACAACAUCCUCCCAGCCUCGACCUUAUGCUCAACGAUUACUGCAAGCUGACGAUUUACUUAUUUGCUUGAAUUUCGCCUUAACUGUUUUUGUCAAACACCCUCACUGCAGUAGGCUCUUACAAUGAUGUUGUUUAUUGGCUCCGCUACUUUUGAUCACAGUAAGUCAGUGUAUGCAGCCGAACUACGUCAUGUAUCCAAGAAUACUUUGUUAACCAGAAAAGGCUCGCACUCUGCCUGAAAGUACUCAACUCUGCAGAAAAUUCCCCAAAGCUAAAUGCACAUCCACAGGAUGUCGGAUUGUUUGUUGGAGAUCAAAGUCACGUCUGUGGCAAAUAGAAGAAAUCCCUGCGUCCGCCAUUUGUUUGGGAGCGUCAAUGGGCAAAAAGUCCAUGUUCAGGCAAAGGCCAUUCAGUGUCAAUUGAACCUCCACUUCCGGUUUAUUUAUGUGAGAAAUAUUGUGUUCCCGCUGUUUCUUGAAUCACGAAGGACACGCAAGAACGAUUAAUGAUAUUGUUUCGUCAUAUUUGUGUCCAUUUGGUGGUAGCCCUUUGACUGAAGAGCCCUCAUGUGGACAUGUCGUACUAGUAAGAAAUGAGUACUAGUGACCAUUUCUUGACAUUUUCAUGAAGAAAAACAGAUAAACAUGAAGAGGUUCCAUGACCUGUUGCAGUCAACUCCCUGAAGCAGGGCAUGCUUAACCCCAAGUCUCGUAGCCAAUGAGCACUUGUAGCUUCAGUUCAUUCUCAACGCUACUGGUGAUCAAUUUAUGUGUUCAUUGAA